GAGGGGCGGAGGGAGCGCGGGGACCGCCCGCCGGGCUGCAGCGCUCGCCCCUCCGGCGGUGGUGCCGGCGCGCAGCCCGCUCCGCCGCGAUUAGAUCUCUGACAAUGAAGCCUUUUACUGCAUAUCCUUCUGGGUUUAUUGUAUUCCUGUUUGCCUUGCUGCAGAGGAGCCAUGGACAAUGCAAAGAAGCAGCUAAAAAAUCAGAGAUGAAUCUUGGUGUAAAAUAUGAUCUUCCUAACUUCAUUGCAGACACACCAAUUCAGAAUGUAGUUUUAUACAAGCAUCAUGUUUAUAUUGGAGCAGUCAAUAAGAUUUAUGUACUAAAUGAAACUCUCCAGAACAUUUCUGUGUACAAGACUGGGCCUAUUUUGGAGAACCCUUACUGUGCACCAUGUGAAGACUGCCGAGAUAAAGCAAAUUUAUCUAACAGCAUAUGGAAGGAUAACAUCAACAUGGCACUGCUUUUAGAAACUUAUUAUGAUGAUCAGCUCAUUAGCUGUGGUAGUGUGUCCGGAGGCAUCUGCCACCGUCACAUCAUUCACCCUGACAACCCUGCUGACAUUGAAAGCGAGGUGCACUGCAUGUACUCACCCCAGGCGGAUGGAGAAGCAGAUAACUGUCCUGAUUGUGUUGUUAGCACUUUAGGAACCAAAGUUUUGGUGACUGAAAAGGACAGGUUUGUCAACUUUUUUGUUGGAAAUACUGUGACAUCUGCAUUUCAACAUCCCCAUGUGCUGCAUUCAAUAUCAGUUAGAAGAUUAAAAGAGACGCAGGACGGUUUUGAGUUUCUCACAGAUCAAUCUUAUAUAGAUAUCCUCCCUCAGUUCCGUGACUCAUAUCCUAUUAGGUAUGUCCAUGCCUUUGAAAAUGAUCACUUUGUUUAUUUUUUGACUGUACAGAGAGAAACUCUUGACUCACAGUCUUUUCACACUAGAAUUAUCCGCUUCUGCACUUUAGACUCAGAGAUGCGUUCCUACAUGGAAAUGCCUCUUGAGUGCAUUUUUACUGAAAAGCGAAGGAAGAGGUCCAUCCGAAAGGAGGUAUUCAACAUUUUGCAAGCUGCCUACGUAAGCAAGCCUGGUGCAGCUCUAGCACACGAAAUGGGCCUUGGGCUCAACGAUGAUAUCCUCUAUGGUGUUUUUGCACAAAGCAAACCAGACUCUUCUGAACCAACCAACCGAUCUGCUGUCUGCGCCGUCUCUGUGCGAACCAUCAACGAGUUCUUCAACAAGAUUGUUGACAAGCAGAACAUGAAAUGCCUCCAACACUUUUAUGGGAAAGAGAGCAAAUACUGCUUGAACAGGGCUUUUUCAAGAAAUGCUUCGUACUGCAGAGCGCAAGAUGAUGAAUAUCGCUUAGAAGUUACGACUCCUCUGCAGAGGGUUGACUUAUUCAUGGGCCAGUUCAACAGUGUCCUGCUGACUUCCAUAUCUGUCUUCACCAAAGGGAACCUUACCAUUGCUAACCUGGGAACUUCAGAGGGCCGCUUCAUGCAGAUAGUGGUUUCCCGUUCAGAAUCCACAACUCCACAUGUCAGCUUUCAGCUAGACUCCCACCCCAUCUCUCCCCAGGUUGUUGUCAAGAAUUCAUUAGCAGAUGAUGGCUAUACCCUGGUAGUGACUGGGAAGAAGAUAACAAAGAUCCCUCUGAAGGGGCCAGGCUGCCAUCACUUCAGGUCCUGCAGCCAGUGCCUGCUGGCACCAGCCUUCAUGCAGUGUGGCUGGUGCGGCCAGCAGUGCCUCAGGUCUUCUGAGUGCCCCAGCAACACCUGGACCCAGGACACCUGCUUGCCUAGGGUUUAUGAGAUUCUCCCAAGCAGCGCUCCCAUAGAAGGUGGGACAAAAUUGACCCUAUGUGGAUGGGACUUUGGAUUCAGCAAAAAUAAUAGAUUUGAAUUAAAAAAUACAGUAAUCCAUAUUGGAGGACAAAUUUGUCCUCUGGAAGCAAAAUCUAGCAACAAAAAUAGGCUGGAAUGCACAGUUCCUGCUGCAAAAAGUCCAAGUUUUAAUAUAUCCAGUAGUAUUUCUGUUGGAUACAGCAAAACACUAUUCAAUACAUUUUCAUAUGUGAAUCCUGUAAUAACAAGUAUAUCUCCCACCUAUGGCCCCAAAUCUGGAGGAACAUUGCUGACUGUAGCUGGAAAAUACCUAGACAGUGGGAAAUCCAUGAGGAUUUUUGUUGGUGAGCAACCAUGCACUUUGAAAAGCAUAUCGGCGAGCACUGUGGAGUGCUACACUCCAGCACAGCAAAUUCCCCAGGAAUAUCGUGUGAGAAUGGAAAUCGAUGAAGCUAUUCGAGACACAAGCAGCCAUUUCACAUACAGAGAAGACCCAGUUGUUUUAAAAAUUCAUCCAGCCAAAUCUUUUCUUAGUGGUGGAAGUACAAUCACAGCUCAGGGAAUCAACUUGAACUCAGUGUGCUUUCCUCAGAUGGUGAUUACUGUACCUAAACUAGGAAUGAACUUCUCUGUGGCGUGUAGCCACCGCUCUAGCUCAGAGAUAAUCUGCUGUACAACACCUUCACUGAAAGAUUUCAACCUCCAACCACCCUUUGUGACCAAAGUGUUCUUUAUUUUUGAUGGUGUCAGCUCCCUGUACUUUGAUUUUGAUUACGUAAAUAAUCCUGUAUUUAAGCAUUUUGAAAAGACAGUGUUCAUCUCAAGAGGCAACCAAAAUGUUCUGGAAAUUAAGGGAAAUUAUAUUGAUUCAGAAGCUGUUAAAGGUGAGGUGCUAAAAGUUGGAAACAAAAGCUGUGAACACCUUCUCCUGCAGUCAGAAUCAAUUCUGUGCACGGUUCCCAGUGAUCUCCUGAAAUCCAACAGUGAGCUAAAUAUAGAGUGGAAGCAAGAAGUUUUGUCAACAGUUAUUGGAAAAGUGCUGAUCCGGCAAGAUCAGAAUUUCACGGGACUAAUUGCUGGAAUUCUUUCAACAUCAAUCUUAAUUUUUAUCUUUUUGAUGGUUUUCUUCUGGAGAAGGAAGAAGAAACAAAUUAAAGAUCUGGGAAGUGACCUGGUUCGUUAUGAUGGCAGAGUGCACACCCCUCACCUGGACAGGCUGGUGAGCGCGAGGAGUGUAAGUCCAACAACGGAAAUGGUUUCAAGCGAAUCUGUAGACUACAGAUCAACUUUUCUAGAAGACCAGUUUCCAAGCAUGUCUCAGAAUGGAUCGUGCAGACCUGCCCAGUAUCCUCACUCUGACCUCUCCCCGAUUCUGUCUAGCGGAGACUCCGAUUUAGCCAGUCCACUUCUCCAAAGUAACGUCCACAUAGACAUCAGUGCCUUAAAUCCCGACCUGGUCAAAGAAGUGCAGCAUGUGGUUAUUGGUGCCGACAGUCUGAUUGUACACUUCAGUGAAGUAAUAGGAAGAGGACAUUUUGGCUGUGUGUAUCAUGGGACAUUGCUGGAUAAUGAUAGCAGGAAAAUUCAUUGUGCUGUGAAGUCACUGAAUAGGAUUACAGACCUGGAAGAAGUAGCUCAGUUUCUGAAAGAAGGAAUAAUCAUGAAAGAUUUCACUCAUCCCAAUGUUCUGUCGCUCCUGGGAAUCUGUUUGCCCAAUGAAGGAUCCCCAUUAGUUGUUCUUCCGUACAUGAAACAUGGAGAUCUUCGAAACUUCAUUAGGAAUGAGACUCACAAUCCAACAGUAAAAGAUUUAAUUGGAUUUGGCCUUCAGGUUGCAAAAGGAAUGAAAUACCUUGCAAGUAAAAAGUUUGUCCAUAGAGAUUUGGCAGCAAGAAACUGUAUGUUGGAUGAAAAAUUCACUGUCAAGGUUGCUGAUUUUGGUCUUGCUAGAGAUGUCUAUGAUAAAGAAUACUACAGUGUGCACAAUAAAACAGGAGCUAAACUGCCAGUGAAAUGGAUGGCUUUAGAAAGUUUACAAACUCAGAAGUUCACAACAAAGUCAGAUGUGUGGUCCUUUGGUGUAUUGUUAUGGGAACUUAUGACACGAGGGGCACCACCUUAUCCUGAUGUAAAUUCUUUUGAUAUAACUGUUUACUUACUGCAAGGAAGAAGGCUGCUGCAACCUGAAUACUGCCCUGACCCACUGUAUGAAGUCAUGUUGAAGUGCUGGCAUCCGAAACCCGAGAUGCGUCCAGCAUUUUCUGAACUCGUUUCAAAAAUAUCAACAAUCUUCUCCACUUUUAUUGGGGAACACUAUGUUCAUGUCAAUGCUACUUAUGUCAAUGUCAAGUGCAUUGCUCCCUAUCCUUCUCUUCUAUCAUCACAAGACAACACAGACGUGGAUGUUGACACAUGACGGGUAUGUCUGAAAUUAAGGAAAAUCCAUUCUUCGUUGUAUGAACAAAAAGGAAAACAUUUUAUCCACUAGUUUUUACUGCCCAGUCUUUGUGAGAACACUGUUGCACAUGUUUAUGUUGUUGCCCAAGUUGCACUAGUACAAGGACACAACAUCAUAUUGUUUAAGAAUACAGGAUUCCAUAAACUGUCACAGUAAUUUCCAAGUAUUUGGAGAACGCCAUCAAUUUAACAAAUGGAAAUGUGGUGUGCUACCCUCCAGAGUUAGUUCCCACAAGCUGUCAUUAAUGUAUGCUCAGACCCCAAAUGCCAUGAAAGUAGAAUAU